GCCCCGCCCCGCCCCUGUCCCCGCCCCACCCCCCGCUGUGGUGCACUUCCCAAGUCCAGCGGGUUGCCAACAGACCGUCGGAAGCAUGGUGGCCCCAGGGUCUGCACUCCGGCUGGUUCUGCCAUUAAUCCUUUUGGCCGACAGAAGUGCAGGUGUUGGUUUUCGCUUUGCUUCGUACAUCGAUAAUUACAUGGUGCUGCAGAAGGAGCCUGCAGGAGCAGUGAUCUGGGGCUUUGGUAUACCUGGAGCCAUAGUGACAGUGACCUUGUACCAAGGUCAAGAAAUCAAUAUGAAGAAAGUGACCCAUGUGAAAGCACCCUCUAAUACCUGGAUGGUGAUACUGGAUCCUAUGAAGCCUGGUGGACCUUUUGAAAUGAUGGCACAACAGACUUUUGGGACAAGAAAUAUUACCUUGAAAGUCCAUGAUAUCUUAUUUGGAGAUGUCUGGCUUUGCAGUGGGCAGAGUAACAUGCAGAUGACUGUAUUACAGAUAUUUAAUGCUACAAGGGAACUGUCCAGUGCUGCUGCCUAUCAGUCUGUUCGCAUCCUCUCUGUCUCGCUCAUUCAGGCAGAGGAGGAGCUGGAGGACCUUGAUGCGGUUGACUUGCCAUGGUCUAAACCUACCUCUGAAAACUUAGGCCAGGGAAAUUUCACGUACAUGUCAGCAGUGUGCUGGCUCUUUGGGCGUUACCUAUAUGACACUCUGCAAUAUCCCAUUGGACUGAUCUCCUCCAGCUGGGGUGGGACACCCAUUGAAGCCUGGUCAUCUGGAAGGUCCCUGAAAGCCUGUGGAAUUCUUAAUCAAGGGCCCAUUCCACAGGAUUCUGUAACUGGUCCCAGUGAGCACUCUGUUCUCUGGAAUGCCAUGAUCCAUCCGCUACAAAAUAUGACUCUGAAAGGGGUGAUAUGGUACCAGGGGGAGUCCAAUAUGAAUUAUAAUAGGGACCUAUACAAUUGCACGUUCCCUGCACUCAUUGAAGACUGGCGCCAAACUUUCCAUCAUGGCUCCCAGGGGCAGACAGAACGUUUCUUCCCAUUUGGAUUUGUCCAGUUAUCUUCAUAUUUAUCUAAUGACAACUCAGACGAUGGAUUUCCUCAGAUCCGCUGGCAUCAAACAGCGGAUUUUGGUUCUGUCCCUAAUCUAAAGAUGCCCAACACUUUCAUGGCUGUAGCUAUGGACCUUUGUGACAGGAACUCACCUUUUGGCAGCAUCCACCCUCGAGAUAAAGAGACUGUGGCCUAUAGGUUGCUCUUGGGGGCUCGUGCUGUGGCUUACGGUGAGAAGAAUUUGAUCUUUCAAGGACCACUGCCUGAGAAUAUAGAACUCUUGGCUCACAAGGGACUGCUCAACCUCACUUAUUACCAGCAAGUCCAGGUGCAGAGGCAGGAUGACAAAAUAUUUGAGAUCUCAUGUUGCAGUGACCAUCAAUGCAAGUGGCUUCCGGUUCCUAUGAGCACUUUCUCCACCCAGACCCUGACCUUGGAUAUCAAUUCUUGUUAUGGCACUGUGGAUGCUCUUCGCUAUGCCUGGACCUUAUGGCCCUGUGAAUAUAAGCAGUGUCCACUAUAUCACCCCAGCAGUACCCUACCAGCUCCUCCCUUCAUUGCCUUCAUCUUAGACCAGGUCCCUGGACAUUAGAACAAGAUUGCCAAAUGACAAUUAGAUGCAAGAGUGACUUUUAGAAUUUGGCAUUUGGAAGUUUAAAUGAUGACAACUGUUACUUUUAAAUGAAGACAUUGAUAGAAAGCCUUGUUGAACAAUUCUCAGCUAUCAUGAGGCUAUUUUUAUAUUCUUAGAAGUGCCAUGGCUGGUGGGCAACUUCAAAUGCUUGUGUUUGUCUCCUGGUUAGUCUGAGCCUCUGUCUUGGGCUAAUUCUGAACUACAACCAAAUUGAACCUCAGUGUCAUUCACUUUCUUCAUUUUUUUGGGAGUGAAAUGUUUUGAUACUUUUCCUCCCAAACUGUCUAAUCUCAGGGUUAGAAGAAAAUCUUAAAGGCCAUUUAGGCUAGGUUUCGUGUGUUCUUUACAAAACCUCCGACAAGUGAUUAUUGACCCUUUCUGUGAGAAAUUUUGUUUUCCAAAAGUUUUUCCUUAUGUGAUAGAAAAAAAAACAAACCAACCAGACACUUGGGCAGUCAUAUUGGAAAGUGCCAAGGGUAUGCCUUAAAGAAUGGAGAGAAACAGCUGUGGUAGGAGCUCAGUGCAGGCACAUGGUGAUAGUUACAGCAGGGAUAGAGGAAUCAGGACUAAGACAAAUAGAAGUAAAGCUAACUGAGGCAAAUAGGUCAUAAGAAUUAAAACUGAGUCUCAGGCUUUUUAGAGGUAAGAGUUUAACUAAGGAUAAUCCACCUGGAAGAAAAAAGUUAGCUUGAAAGAAAGCUACAUGAUAAUCCUACAGAAAAAUAAUGCGGAUGGGAUAAAUAUGUAAGAGGGCUUUUGUGUGUAUGUACUAUUAAGAAUCAUGGGGUUGGGGUUGUGGCUCAGAGGUAGAGCGUUUGCCUAGCAUGGGCAGGGCCCUGGGUUCGAUCCUCAGCACCACCUAAAAAUAAAUAAAAAGAAUCAUAAUGCAGCUUACUGGUUGGUUAAAAACAGAUAUAUGGCUCUUGAAAACUAUAUUGAUUUGGGAAUAAAAUUAUUGUGAUUAGUGAUGUAUAUCUUUUUAUAAUCAGUCAAAAUUAUGUUAAGAAUGGACUUAAAAGAAUUACCAUUUAAUGUGAAAAAUGAAUACUACUAAUGCAAUAAGCACUAUUUUCUCCACAUCAGCCUUUCAAGGGAUUCUAGUGCUAUCCCAAAGAGUAGGAAUAGCUUUAUCAAUGUCAAGAUUUUAUUUGGUAAAAGAUCUUAAAAAAAAAAAAAAUUUGCACUCUGCUAGGAAGUUUGGCUCCUCUUGAGGAUUUCCUAGUGUAAAUUAACUCUUAAUGCUUAUACUUUGACCUCUUAUGCAUCUGGCCCCAU